UAACAUUUUUUAAAAAUAACACAACAUUAGGAUAUAUAGUAUGUUAAAAGUAACCCCUUACCUUGUGUAAUAAUAAUGCAACUAUAAAAUGAACUUAUGGACGUCCUCCAAUAUAGAGAGGAAGGUGCAACCAACCCUUUGUCCUUUCAUUCAUUAGCGCUCAAUUUUACCUUCCUAACAUCUUCACUCCAAAAAUAAAGAAUGUCCCUCCCACAUAAGAGCCUCACAUUUCCCAUUAAUUCAUGCAUCACACAAUAACCACGAUAACCCCUAAAUCAUUCUACCUCAACCCCAACAUGGCUUGUUCUUCUUCAUCGUGGUUUCAUGCUUCAACAUUCACACCGCAAAUUAUCAUAUUCGUCUUCUUCUGCAUUUCAUGUUGCGCUCUUGGCUUCGACGCACAAAAUGUCAUAGACUCCCCUUUGUUAACACAAAAGUUAGGAAUUAAUCGCACCAUCAAAGUAGAUAUCAAUGGAAAUGGUGACUUCAAAUCUGUCCAAGCUGCUAUUGAUUCCAUUCCUGAUGGAAAUCCCGGUUGGGUCAUCGUCCAUGUUAGGAAAGGAGUGUAUAGAGAAAAGGUGCAUAUACCAGAGACUAAGCCUCAUAUAUUCAUGAGAGGGAAUGGCAAAGGAAAAACUGCCAUAGUUUGGUCCGAGAGCUCUUCUGACAACAAUGCUUCUGCUACCUUCAAAGUAGAAGCUCCUGAUUUCAUUGCUUUUGGAAUAAGCUUCAAGAAUGAUGCACCAACAGGGGUUGCCUAUACCUCUCAGAAUCAAUCAGUGGCAGCAUUUGUGGCAGCAGACAAAGCGGCAUUUUACCAUUGUGCAUUUUACAGCACUCAUAACACUCUCUUUGAUUACAAAGGCAGACAUUAUUAUGAGUCAUGUUACAUUCAAGGUUCCAUCGAUUUCAUAUUUGGCCGUGGCAGAUCCAUCUUCCAGGGUUGUGAAAUAUUUGUGGUUGAUGACAAAAGGACGCCAAUCAAGGGGUCAGUCACAGCUCAAAACAGGGAAAGUGAAACUGAGAUUAGUGGGUUUAUCUUCAACAAAUGCAAGGUUUAUGGCAUUGGAGGGGUGUACCUGGGAAGAGCCAAGGGUCCUUAUUCUAGGGUAAUUUUUGCCAAGUCAUAUCUCUCCAUGACCAUUGUCCCAGAAGGGUGGACCAAUUGGAGCUAUCCUGGGAGCACAAAAAAUUUAUACCUUGCGGAGUACAAGUGCCAUGGUCCCGGAGCCACGACGGAGAAACGCGCUUCUUGGUCAAGACAGCUUAGUGAUGAAGAAGCUGCUCAAUUUUUAUCUGUUGAUUACAUUGAUGGCAAGAAUUGGUUGCCAGUUUGGUUAUAAAUCUCACUGUUCUGCUGCACAAGCUCUUACAUCAUAUAAAUAUGGAAAAUGAUGGCACAUAUCAUAUCAAAUGGACUCUUAAACAUGCAAUUGGAUUGUUUGUUUAGAAAAAGCAUUCACAAUUAUGUAUAUCAAAGCACACUGUGCAUGUACUUUAUAGUGCUACAGAGACUUCAGAUUUAUGCAUGCAUAUGCAUAUAUAGCUAGCUUAGAUAGAGUUCAAGUUGUUAAGAACUGUUUUCCAUGUACCUUAAUUCUAUGACUUGUUAGUUGUUACUUCACAAGUUGAUUUGUAUUAAACAAGAAACAUAUGCUACCAAGUGUUUAUCAGUUAAGCGCUUAUUAUUGAUGAGAAGUUUAUUGAAUAAACAAAAUAAAUUUAUAGAUAAUUGAUUAUGAUACUAAUUAAUCAUAAGAGAAUGCACAAAUCUUCAUAAAACUUGGGAUUUUUUAUUUCACUAUCAAUAAUCGUUACAGCAUUAUAUUAGACUUAAUUUCUCCAUCAUUAGAUGAGCAUCACAAAACUCCAUAUUUAUUUAAUUCAUCUGUUGUACGUACUUGCAUAUUG